GAUCCCAGUCCUAAUCCUGUUAGAGAGUAAUUGUUUACAUCGAACAGUCCGCAAUUUUUAUGAGAUUUAACGCCUGUUUAACGUACUCGAGUAUAAACUCCCAAAGAAACCUUUCGAUCAUCAUUUAUAUGUUUUCAAAUUUUCUAAUGUCCCAAGCUUUGAUCUCCCCAUGGCAAGCAGAAAUGAUACUUCCAGCGUCCUCGUUGCCUGCAUUUCACCUAUCAUCGUCGAUAUGUCCUAGCUUUAGCCCGCAUGGCCAGCUCCAUCCCCUCAAAAUGUCGUGUAUCAGGAGCUAUAAGAGUGUAGUUGCAUCAUCUCGCUUGAAAUUAGAGGUGAAAAGGUGGUGCCAAGAUAUGAUUAUGUGGGCGGAUAAGCAGUCGUUUUAUUUACACCUGAGCCGUAGCAGUGGAGUCCACCGCAAGGGACUUAAGGUCUGCGACAUUGAUUUAGAUCAAUAUGGAGUUGUAAACAAUGAUCUGUAUGCUAGUUAUUGCCAAAAUGCUCGUCAAGAACUUUUGGAAAAGAUUGGUGUGGUUGAUGAAGUUGCUCGAGCUGGUGGUACCUUAGCACUGACUGAACUGUCGCUCAAGUUCUUUGCACCCUUGAAAAGAGGAGACAGAUUUGUUGUAACAGUUCGUGCAUCCGACUAUUCAGCUGCUCGACUAUACUUUGAGCAUUUCAUAUGGAAAUUACCAAAUCGAGAGCGAGUUAUGGAAGCAACGGCUACUGCAAUUUGGCUUAACAAAUAUUACCAACCAGUAUAUACAAUAGAAGAGGAGGUGAAAUUGAGGCUUGUCCGUUUCAUGCGUGGACUAAUUUUUAUACUAUGUGAAUCAGGCAUCGAUGCUGCCAUGAGAAGCCCCUUCUGGUUUUUAUACUAGGUUUCUGCAUUUAUAGUGUGUUGUAAUUCAAAAUAUGUGGAUCUUGAUACUGUUCUUACAAUGUGACUAUAAAUCAUUCAGUUAGAUGAAGGCAUCUAUGAACACUUUACAUUAAUUCUCCCUUUUUUAAUAUAUAAA